AAAAAUAAUUUUUUAACCAAAAAUUAAAUUAAACGAUCACCGUAUAAUCAAAAUAUUAGAUUAUUGCUGCAGGCUCGCGUUGAGUAGUGAGUUCGGAACGUGAAAGAAAUUACCGAAAGAAAAGUCCGUCGGAAAAAAUUUAUUAAUUGCUUAACUGAUAAUAUGCAUAACUCAGUUAUAAGAGCAUCACCAGAAAAAAAUUGUUCCGAAUUAAAAUAUAAUUAUGAAGCAACCAAAGAGAAAUGUGCGUCUCAAAUAACAGAUAUAAAUAAUACCAAACCGCCUUACAGUUAUGUGGCACUCAUUGCUAUGGCCAUUCAGAAUUCUCCACUAAAGCGUGCUACAUUAAAUGAAAUUUACAGUUACAUAACAUCGCAUUUCCCGUAUUUUGAAAAAAAUAAAAAAGGUUGGCAAAAUUCAAUUCGACACAAUUUAAGCCUGAACGAAUGCUUUGUUAAAGUACCGCGUGAAGGUACUGGCGAACGAAAGGGAAAUUAUUGGUCUUUAGAUCCUCAAUAUGAAAAUAUGUUCGAGAAUGGAAAUUACCGAAGAAGAAGGCGAAUGAAGCGGCCGUAUCGCACUGUGGGACAUUUCCCGAAGUUAAUGACAGAUACCUGCACUACAAAAAUGAUCUUCAAUCACACACCUUGUCAAACUUACUACAGAUAUAAUACAAAUACUCAAUGGAUACCUGCGCAGACAUUAUCUGGUUAUGGACCGCCGUCAGUGAGAAGUACCUAUCCGAACAAUUCAACUACUAGUUUUUCACCUCCGAUAUUGGGUGCGAAUAAUUACAACAGCAUUAUCAAUCCCGAAGGAAUUUCAAACGAAGGCGUAAAAAUAAUAGAUCAAUGUCCGUGUCCGUUAUGGAAUACAAUUCCCGAUUUAAUGAUCAAAGAUGAGCCUUUGCCACAAAGCCACACCGAUGCUACAUUGAUCAGUUAUCAGAAACAAUUCGCAUUACAUUAGUAAUUAUAAAUUUACAAUAAGGAUAUAUAUGUAGAUGUGUAUGUAAGUUAAUAAAAAUCAAAUUAAUUAUUAUGAACAUUGUAAAAAUAUAGCACAAUAUGCUGCAACUCCAACGUAAGGCAAUGCAAUUUUAAAAACUAUAAUAUACGAAUUAAGCUUAAAUUAAAUAAAUAUAUGAAUGUUC